AAGAAAAAUAUUUUACUCGUUGGAAAGUGUACUGUAAUUGGGAUGUUCGGUUUGACGAGAAUAUAAAAGAGAUAUAAAUCGUCGAGGAAUCGGUUCGCUUUGAAACGUAGGUGUCGCUGAAGGAGUCCCACAAAAUGGGUUAUAGUCGAAAAAAAAUCAACGACUCACGUCACGUCGAAAUCAAACAGAUAAGUACACCAAAGGAAAAAUAUUACGAUCAAACUUGCGCGUACCGAGGAGUCUCUUUCUUUGUAUUAUUAAUCAUUACCUCGCGCUCGGAGAAUCGACGAUUCGAUCGAAAAUAGAUAUUUAUGGUACAAGAGAGUCGAAAGAAAAAUAAAGAAUUACAACGCAGCUGCUUCCCGCUAAUAUACUCUAUGGCGAGUCGAGGGGGAUCGGUGACGCCAUCUAUGAGAAGGCGACGCAAUCAGCCCCUUAUCAGGAGAGUAUAACCGAUAAAGGUUUCAAGAGAAAUCGGCAGGAAAGAUUGAGACGCGAGAAAAGUGACGAAUCCGCGUUGGCCGAGCAGUGAAAUCGCUACCGGAAUCCGACGACAUUCUCUUUUUGGGGUCUGGGCACUCGCGUUUCAGAUCAGCUGAUGACGUAACACGCGACGAGCGCAAAGGAGAAAAAGUUGGCUGUGUGCGACUGGUGACAGUGUUGGUGGGCGCGAGACUUGCGCGAGGCGAAGUAUGGCGUAGGAUUCUCUGGGCCAGUUUCGUCGAAAGUGUUAACCGUCCGUCCGUUCGUGCACGCCGCGCGGCCGUUCCGUUUGUGCCCGCGAGAGCCAGUCGUUUACCGAGCGUGUUUUCUCGGCUCGGCGCACCGUUGUCGCGCGCGCGACGGUGUUCUCUGGUACACCAGCCGUGCGAGACAGUCCAUUUAUUGCAGGGACACGAAAAGGACGUCGAGAGAGCAUCGUAGCAGCAUGAGCGUCGACGCGUACGGCCCCAGCAGUCAGACCCUCACGUUCCUCGACCCGGAGGAGGCGGAUUUAAUCGGCGCGGACACGCAGGGCAGCGAAUUCGACUUCACGGACUUCACGCUACCGUCGCCGAGUCAGACUCAAGCAUCGCAGCACGAUGUUGCUCAAAGUCAACCUAGUCAGCCUGUACAGGUUAAUGGAACGAGUGGUGGGUCUUCCUUGGACUUAAAAAUUUCUGGAGCCGCGCAGAGCCUCGCUGAAUUACAAUUUGAAGAGGAAGAAGAGGAGGCAUAUUAUAAUCGUGAUUUACCGGAGCACGCUUGUAAAUAUUGUGGAAUUCAUGAAGCAUCCUGCGUUGUUAUGUGUAAUGUCUGCCGCAAAUGGUUUUGCAAUGGACGUGGCAAUACAUCUGGUUCACAUAUCAUUAAUCAUCUUGUCAGAGCUAAACACAAGGAAGUUACUCUACAUAGAGAUGGUCCAUUGGGAGAAACAGUUCUGGAAUGUUACUCUUGUGCCGUUAGAAAUGUCUUUGUUCUUGGUUUCAUUCCUGCAAAGGCAGAUUCGGUUGUCGUGUUACUCUGCCGACAGCCUUGUGCAGCUCAAAGUUCCUUGAAAGACAUGAACUGGGAUCAGGAACAGUGGAAGCCUUUGAUAGAAGAUCGCAGUUUCCUUGCAUGGCUGGUGAAAAUUCCAUCUGAACAGGAACAGUUACGAGCUCGUCAGAUAUCUGCACAACAGAUUAACAAGUUGGAAGAACUAUGGCGCGACAACGUCGAUGCGACGUUCCAAGAUCUAGAGAAACCUGGAGUGGACGAGGAGCCGCAACAAGUGCUGUUGCGGUACGAGGAUGGUUACCAAUAUCAGAAUAUAUUUGGUCCGCUAGUAAAACUGGAAGCGGAUUACGACAAACGCUUGAAGGAGUCUCAAACGCAAGAGAACAUUGAAGUCCGGUGGGACGUUGGUUUGAACAAGAAGACAAUAGCGUACUUCAUGCUUGCCAAAACCGAUGGUGACAUGAAACUGAUGCACGGGGACGAGUUGAGGCUUCGCUACUUAGGUGAACUGCACAAGCCUUGGUCAGGCAUUGGGCACGUGAUUAAAAUCCCCGACAACUACGGCGAAGAAGUCGGCAUAGAAUUAAAAAACAAUUCCGGGGCUCCAACGGAGUGCAUCAGCAAUUUCGUCGUCGAUUUCAUUUGGAAGAGCACCAGCUUCGACCGAAUGCAGCUAGCACUGCGGAAAUUUGCCGUGGACGACACUUCCGUUUCCGCUUACAUAUACCACAGACUACUGGGACACGAGGUGGAGGAGGUUCUCUUCCGCUGUCACUUGCCCAAACACUUCAGUGCUCCUAACCUACCCGAUUUAAACCGGUCCCAAGUGUACGCCGUUAAACACGCGGUGCAGAGGCCGCUGUCUUUAAUCCAAGGACCACCCGGAACAGGGAAGACUGUGACCAGCGCGACGAUAGUUUAUCAAUUAGUGAAACAAAAUGGCGGACCCGUACUAGUAUGCGCUCCCUCCAACACAGCAGUGGAUCAACUCACAGAGAAGAUACAUAAGUCAAACCUGAAGGUAGUACGGCUAUGCGCGAAAUCAAGAGAAGCGAUCGACUCGCCCGUGAGCUUCCUGGCUCUGCACAACCAGAUCAAGAACAUGGAGACGAACACCGAGCUACAGAAGCUACAACAAUUGAAGGAUGAAACCGGUGAACUAUCCAGCGUCGACGAGAAGCGCUACAGACUGCUGAAGAAAGCAGCAGAGAAGGAACUGCUAGAAGCGGCCGACGUAAUUUGCUGUACCUGCGUGGGAGCAGGUGAUCCAAGACUACACAGACUGAAAUUCCACUCGAUCCUCAUCGACGAGAGCAUGCAAGCCACCGAGCCCGAGUGCAUGGUACCAGUCGUCCUCGGAGCAAAGCAGCUAAUCCUCGUCGGGGACCACUGUCAACUAGGACCAGUGGUCAUGUGCAAGAAGGCAGCCAGAGCAGGUCUGUCUCAGUCCCUGUUCGAGCGGCUGGUCGUCCUCGGAAUCAGACCCUUCCGCCUGGAGGUGCAAUACCGCAUGCACCCGGACCUCUCGCGCUUCCCGUCGAACUUCUUCUACGAGGGCUCCCUGCAGAACGGCGUGUGCGCCGACGAGAGGAAGCUGCUGAAGAUCGACUUCCCCUGGCCCGCCCCGGACAAGCCCAUGUUCUUCUACGUGACCCAGGGCCAAGAGGAGAUCGCCGGGAGCGGCACUUCCUACCUGAACAGAACCGAGGCGUCGAACGUCGAGAAGAUAGCCACGCGCUUCCUGCGCUGCGGCGUGAAGCCCGAGCAGAUCGGCGUGAUCACCCCGUACGAGGGGCAGCGGGCCUACCUGGUGCAGUACAUGCAGUACCAGGGCUCGCUGCACUCGAAGCUCUACCAGGAGAUAGAGGUGGCCAGCGUGGACGCGUUCCAGGGCAGGGAGAAGGACAUAAUCAUAAUGUCCUGCGUGCGGUCCAACGAGCACCAGGGCAUCGGCUUCCUGAACGACCCGCGGCGCCUGAACGUCGCGCUGACGCGGGCCAAGUACGGGAUCAUCAUCGUGGGCAACCCCAAAGUGUUAUCCAAGCAGCCGCUCUGGAACCAUCUGCUGAGCUUCUACAAGGAGCAGAAGGUGCUCGUGGAGGGGCCGCUGAACAACCUCAAGGAGUCCAUGAUCCAGUUCGCCAAGCCGAAGAAGCUGGUCAACGCCGCCAAUCCGGGCUCGCACUUCAUGUCCACCUCCAUGUACGACGCCAGGGAGGCGCUGAUCCCGGGCUCGGUGUACGACAGGUCAGGCACCCAGGUGAACGGGACGCAGAACCAUAACCCCUAUUACCAGAGGAACGUGCCGCUGGACAUAUUCAGCAGGACGCACGACACCAUCAGCUACAUCAGCCCGGAAAGAGCGCAGGCGGCCAUGAACAACGUGCCCGUUCCUGUUGGCAUGUUCAUGAAUAUGGCGCACGUGCCACCACGGUUUUAUAAUCAACAUCAGCAAGCGUUACAGGCUAGGCAGAACCAGCGGAACCGUCGCGGCGCCGCUCUGUCCAAGAACAAGCAGGGUCCGCGCAUAGGGAAGCUGAGCCAAACGGAGCAGAGCACGCAGCCGUACAGUCAGCCGGGUCUGCCCUUGACGCAGGGCACGACGCAGGGCAUGUCUCAGCCGGGCUUCAGCCUUUCCCAGCCGGGCCUGAGCCAAGCGGAGCUGUCGCAGGACUCGUUCGCGGUCGGCGAGUUCCAGUCGCAGAUGGACGGCUUAUUGUCACAGGAUUCGACCUACCAGGGCGACCGAAGUGGUUUCUAUCAGUCCGGACAGUCACAAGCCGGUGGGCAGUUCUCCCACCCAUACUGAGCCGAGAUCGUACGGCUGAGCAACGCAAUUGCUAUGCAGCGUCGCGGGAGCGACUGAAGGCUCGUUCGACAAAUUCUUCUUCGACCAACCAAACCACAAAUCACUAACUGCGCAAAACGGUAAAACGGCUCGAGGCGAUCGAGUACGGUUAUUAUGCACGCAGUCGUCGGCGUUAAAGAGGGUUUUAAAAUCAACAACAAAAAAGC